AUGCGCCUGAUGGAUCGUAUGGAUCGGCUCGACAUGGACGACUUCAAGUUCCCCGCCGACCCGGAAAUGGACGCCUUUUUUGAAAACGCCUUCCAAAACUCGCCACGGAGGAUGAGCGGCACGCGUGUGGUUCCCGUUCAUUUGCUCGGAUCCAACAGCAACCUGUCGGCACCGAGGGACGGCCGGGCCUCCGUCUCGCCAUCUCCUAGCCGAAAGUUCGAUUCGCUUCCCCGCCAAAUGCCAUCCCAUCAAUUCCAUCAGCAACAUCAUAAUAUCCCCACACAAUCCCAACAACAACAGCAACAUCACAAUUUGCAUCGACCGCCCACCCCGCAGCGGCAGCCGAGUCCGCAGCCGCAACCCGUGCAGAUCGAAAAGCCGAUAAUCGAGAAGCCAUAUACUCCACCCCCACCACAACCUGUACCUGAUCAACCAAAGACUGUUAAGGCUGAGAGGGCACCCAUGCAAAGAAAGAUCUCGGUCGAAGAUUUCAACGAGCAGCUGGUGAACAUGCUGGACGAUGUGGAGCGCCGGGUCGAGCAGUUCAGGGAAACAGCCGCCCAGCUCGAAGCGGAAAAGGAAACAAUUUUGGAUAUGCUUCAAAAUGUGAAUUUGAAGACGGAGUUGUUGAAGUUGGGAGAAGGGGAACGUGAAGAUAUCGAGGCCAUCACAAAUCGGCUGAAAGCCCGCACGCGGACCGUUGACAUUCUGGUAAACACGCCGCGCAACUCGGAACAGGCGAAAGCACUCGAGUCGGUGAAUUCCCUCAUCGACAGCGUCAUGGGCAAAUUGGAGCAGGAUUUGAGCGAUGGCGCAGAGACGUGCCGCCGCUACCUGAACGCGUGCAGUCCGGAUCAACCGGAGGGCCCAAUCGAUCAGCGUUUCCAAGCGCAGAUAAUCGAAUGCACCGCCGACGAUCAGAAGAAGAUUCGCCGGAAAUUGGCGCAACUCAUCCAGCAAAUCGAACGCGCCGAGCGCAGCUGUUUCCCCAAAGAU